CAAGGCAUAUUAUUCGGGAGUUGUUCGCGCGUACACUGUUUCACGUCCUGUUAUUUACUUAUCACACUCCAAACAUAACUGUUAGCAACUCAACAUGACACCCUCAGUCGUUGAGUUCUACAAAGGGAAGAAUAUUUUAAUUACUGGAGGGACAGGUUUCCUUGGUAAGGUAUUAAUCGAAAAGUUAUUAAGAUCUUUUCCCGACAUUGGCACAAUAUACCUUUUGCUGAGGGUAAAAAAAGGUUUGACUGAGGAAGAGAGACUGAAAAUACUCUUCAAUAACAAGGUAUAUGCAAAUCUGCGAGAGAAACAACCAGAUGUAUUUAAGAAAAUAAAGUUAGUCGCUGGAGAUAUCUUGGAUGAUAACUUGGGCCUCUCUAAUGACGACGCUCUUGAGCUGAGACGAAAUUGCAAUAUUGUGUUCCAUAGCGCUGCUUGUGUCAGAUUUGAUCAGAAUUUAAAAGAUGCUGUCAACGUGAAUAUCAAAGGUACUCAGCGAAUUCUGAAAUUGGCCGAAACGAUGGAAAAAAUCGAAGCGUUCGUUCACCUGUCUACUGCCUACUGUCGAUGUAAGUUAGAAGUAUUGGAAGAAAAAUUGUAUCCAGCAGUACAUAGUCCCGCUAAAAUUAUUGAUCUUGUAGAUUGGCUUGACGACAAAACAUUAAGUUACAUAGAGCCAAAAUUGAUAUCGUCGGAACCUAAUACUUAUUCCUAUACGAAAGCAAUGACGGAAGAUCUUGUAGCGGAAUAUAGUUCCAAAUUUCCUAUUGCAAUUGGACGACCGUCAAUUGUUACCGCAGCGUGGAAGGAACCUUUAUUUGGUUGGGUUGAUAACAUCAACGGACCGACAGGGCUCCUCAUUGGAAGUGGAAAAGGUGUGAUACGCAGCAUGCAUUGUGAGCCAUCAUAUUUAGCAGAUGCGAUUCCAGUCGACAUAGUUGUAAAUGGAUGCAUUCUAAUAGCAUAUACAACUGCUCUGGAUAGGUCAAAAGAUGUUCGUAUAUUUAAUAUGACACUCUCUGGCAUCCAAAAGAUUACGUGGCGAGAAAUCAUCGAAUUAGGUAAGAAGUGGGUCAAUGAAUAUCCUUUUACGGUCGCAUUGUGGUAUCCUGGAGGAACCAUCAAGUCUUACUGGCUUACGCACCAGGUUGCACAUAUCUUCACACAUGUGCUGCCGGCAUAUUUUAUCGAUAUGCUGCUACUGUUACUGGGGAAGAAGACAUUCAUGGUUAACCUUCAAGCACGUAUCAGCCACGGCUUGAGCAUCCUACAAUACUACACAACUAAGCAGUGGCAUUUCAAGAAUACAAACUUUCUGUCACUUCAGAAGCGUAUCACUAAAUCAGAAAAUGACAUAUUCUAUACGGACGUCUCGACUUUAGAUCGAGAUGAAUAUUUAAAGAACUAUGUUAUUGGUACGAAAUUAUACGUGCUUAAUGAAGAUCCGGACUCUUUGCCAAGAGCUAGGAAACUGCACAGAAUGCGCUACUGGAUUGACGUUAUCGCGAAAGUACUAUUUUAUUCCCUAUUAUUAUGGUUUUUGUAUUCAAAAUGCGGUAUGCAAAAUUACUUGUCUAGUUGAGUCAAUAUUGACCAAGGCAUUGUUGAAAUUGAUGAAUUAUAAAUUGAUCAAGAUUUAAUGAUAAAAGUUUAUGAAAUUUAUUUUUCA